UUUGACCCUUCUGCAUCCUUAGAUAAAACACCACUACUUCUCGCUAACCGUUGCUCACGGAUUAAGUCAAGCAGGAGGUUGUGCAGUGUUGUAAUGAGGACCAGCACAAUGGGGAUUGUGGUACACUCAGCAUUUCUGGCCCUGCUGAUAGCUUUUGCCUUUGGUGUUGCGGAUGCAAUUAGAACUUUGAAAGAUGGACCUUUGAUAGACGCUGAAGGAAGGGAAUAUAAAUCUGCCAAUUUCCCAACUGACGCAGGAGACAACAGGUCUCCCCGACUCAACGUUGGACCCACUGUCAGUGUGCGAUGCACAGAUGCGUCCAUGAUCAUCGUGGUGAAGGCUGACAUUUACAAAAAUGGACUCCUGGUGUCUGCAGAAGAGCUUUCUUUAGGAGAGUCGAAGCAUUCACAGAGAUCUCCAUGCCGAGCUGUUGCUGCUGGUGACUCCGAAUAUAUCAUUGAAGCAGAACUGCAAGAUUGUGGCUCCAAAUUAACUGUAUCUGAUGACUCUGUGAUUUACUCAAACGAGCUGAUAAUCGCAGCAGCUGCCGGUUCCCAUGGCAUCACCAGAAGGACGCGUGUUGUUGUUCCCGUGUCUUGUCACUAUAAGAGACGUUGGCUUUUCUUUCUCAGGACACACCUUGCGAGCAGCACUGAUCAUCAGCAGCAGCAGCUGGCUCCCUCCCUUCUUGAAAACCUUUCAGCUGCUGCUUUCUCUCUAAAGCUGAUGACUGGCGACUGGACGCGCGAGAUGCUCCCCAGGGCUUUGUACAUCGGGGACCUCCUGCACCUUGAGGCGUCUUACGCUGGUCCUGACUCGGGCGAGAGACGGCUCUUCAUCGAUAGCUGCGUCGCCACUUUGUCACCUGACGUCACGUCGGAUCCCAGAUACUACAUCAUAGAAAACCAUGGGUGCCUCGCUGAUGCAACAGAGACUGAAUCAAAUGCACGCUUCCUACCCAGAAGGAGCGCUUCUUCGCUCCAACUGCAGCUCAAUACUUUCCUUUUUCAUGAUGAUUCAAGAAACUCAAUCUUUAUCACUUGCCAGUUGAAAGUAACUUCUGAAAUGCAGAUGAGCAGCUCCAUCAACAAGGCCUGCAACUAUGUACAUCCAAGAUGGGUAAAUGUGGAUAGCAGUGACGUGUGUCAAUGUUGUGCCAGUAUCUGUUCCCAAACUUCUCCGGCCUAUUCCACAAAUCUGAGCGAGCAGAUCCCUGAAGAUUCCAUGGCUUCAGGAACUGUAACACUUGGCCCUUUGAUGGUUUUCCCCAGCUAGUAGACCAAAAAUAAAGGAUGAACAAUGUUUCAUUUUCUGUCUUGUCAUUAAAUCAUACUUCUUAA